ACAAAGGAUGAAGAAUCAACAUUCAACAGGCACCUCUACACGAUCGAGGCUUGAUAGUUUUAGUACCAUAAAUGAAAAACCUGUGGAUGAUAUCUCACUGCAGUUUUUCUAUAAUCCACACUCAAUCACCUUGUUACUGAUUUCAAUUGCUGCUGUGAUAUAUUUUGCAUUCGUCAGAGAUACGAACAACCUAGAAAACAAUAUAUGGGCGGGCGUCCUAUGCUGCAGCUUCUUUUUCCUCAUCAUAUCAGUUCUAGCCUUUCCCAAUGGUCCAUUCACUAGACCCCACCCGGCCAUAUGGCGCAUGGUAUUCGGCAUGAGCGUGCUCUACCUCUUCAUCUGCCUCUUUGUGCUCUUCCAAAACUACCAAACCGUACGGAGCAUCCUCCUUUGGCUCGACCCCAAACUCAAUGAGUUCUCCAUAGACUUGGACAAAGAAUACGGAGUGAACUGCUCCGACAUAACUCCCGAAAGGAUCUGGGGCCACAUGGAUAUUUUCGCUGUGGGGCAUUUCUUCGGAUGGAUGUUCAAAGCUGUGCUCAUCAGGCACAUGGGGAUACUUUGGGCGAUAAGUUGUAUGUGGGAGAUCACCGAGCUGGCUUUCGCCCACUUGUUGCCCAACUUCGUGGAAUGUUGGUGGGACGCCUUGAUCCUGGAUGUGCUGCUGUGCAACGGUCUAGGUAUUUGGUGCGGCCUCAAGAUAUGCCAGAUUCUGGAAAUGCGCGAGUACAGGUGGGUGAGCAUCAAGGACAUCAACACCACCACUGGAAAGAUAAAGCGGGCUAUACUGCAAUUCACCCCCGAGAGCUGGACUUCGGUGAGGUGGUUGGACCCUAAGUGCUCUUACAUGAGAAUAUUCGCGUUGUGUCAGCUGGUGCUUUUCUGGCAGACUUCUGAGCUCAAUACCUUCUUUCUCAAGCACGUUUUUGCGUUACCUUCCUCUCAUUAUCUGGUGAUCGCACGGUUGUUUAUAGUGGGGCUGGUAGUAGCGCCAUCUAUCAGACAGUUUUACAGCUAUGUCACGGACACUUCAUGUAAGAGGGUGGGUACCCAGUGUUGGGUGUAUGGGUGUAUCAUGGUGGCGGAGGCGCUGAUUUGUAUCAAGCAUGGGCAAGAGCUGUUUGAGAAAACUUUGAUAGUCAAUAUGGUUGUGUGGCUGCUUAUUUUGGUGAUAGUUUCGGUGGGCUGUGUUUUUGGCUGUGUGAUGUACAACCGAUAUUAUCCGGAUUCUUUGGAGUCUAGUCCAGUUAAGAACAAGGUCAAGGUUAAGUUUCAGAACGGAGAGGAAUUGAGAAGUAAACGAGAAUGAGCAGUGAAAGGAUAUUUCUAGGGACCGAUUUUGAAUUGUAUUUUUUUGUCAAAUGAAGGGCACAUUUUUUUUCAUAUACAUGACAUUUGGGACACGCUUUAAGAGAUGAUAGGGCCUCUGGAAAAAAUAUGAGAGAGAUUUCUAUAACAUAGAUAAUAGUAUUAUUUCAAUAUAUCGUCACUGCCUUUGAAGUUAUAUUAAUAGAAAGUGAAAAAAUAAGUUUAUUCGAAUUGGUCAAAAAUGAUUUACGAAGUAUAUAUAGGUACUAUGCCCGGUAAAACAGACUUGUUGGUAUUAUGAUUAGCUGUUAUAAUAAUAAUAAAAGUAAUUUAUUAAACAACAAUGUUCAAAUGGCUAUCGACCAAUGUCAUUCUGCCAUCUGUUAUAUCAUUUCGCAAAAAUGCAAAAAGUUGAAAGUUUUCAAACUCUCACCCGAGAUAACAAAAUAAGUUGGGACAAAAUGUUUUCUGUGGCGGGGAAAAAGUUUGACAUUUCAUAUCUGUUGACAGGUUUCAAAAUGUCACUUUUCAUAAAAUACUUUUUUCCCACGGAGAAAAAGUGAAUACAGGGCGUUUCUUAUAUGUGUUAAAAAUUCUGGAGCAUGUUUCUGACGUCAAAAUAAGAUGGAAAGUUAUUCGUUUCUGAGAUAAAGUGUGUCCAAUUUUUUAUGUUAUAUCGGUUUUUCGUGAAUAAAUUCCAAAAUAAUCCAACUUUGACACUCUGUAUAUCAGAAAUGAAUAACUUGCGAACUUGUGUUUAUACGAACUUUUCUGCUCAUUUUGACGUCAGCAACAUGCUCCUGAAAUUUUCACAUACUUAAAAAACACGCUGUAUAUACACUGUUAAUGGCUUUUGUUUUGAUAUGGUUCCAAAAAAGCCAAUAACAACGUGUCCAAGAAAGAACAGCAAGUCCUUUUAUCUUCCAUUCCACUUCGCGGUUACUUAUAAAUUACUGAACAAUCACUAAGUUCGCAAUUUUUUAAAAUCUAAUCAUAGAAUUAUUAGACUGACAGAUAUUUGAUUACUUCGGAAGAAUGAUAAAAAUGCCUGCAAAAAGAUGCUGGCAACAGUGGCAACGCAAUAUUGAUUCUUCCUUUUUCCUGUCACAAAAAAAAUAGUUAUUUAUCAUACAAGGGAAAAAAGUAGUAGAUUCUAGCUACAGGUUGUAGCGUAGCGCCAACGGAGAUGUAAUGCCAAACUUUUUUCCCGUCACAGAAAAAUAGUGUAUUAUACACGGGAAAAAUAUUAGAUUUUAACCCACAACCUCCAGCUGAAAUCUGCAACUGUUGUCAAUUGUAUAAUAAAUAACUAUAAAAGCAUUUGACCUUGGACAAAGAAUAUCCAACCACCAGGAUAGAUAUAAUUUUGGAAUUAUAACAUUAUAUCACAUAACAGAUUACUCUUUGGCAUUGCAACAGUCAUACAGGGGGAACAUGAGAAUUUUCAAUCCAUAUUCCCAACUUUAACGCUCUCUAUUUCGCAUAGGAAUGGGUUAUUAUAGGACAUAUAUAUGCUGGAAAAAAGUUCUUUAAUUUUUUUUAUACAUCCUUUCACCUCUUGAAGUGCUUCUUCCCCCAUUCCAUGAAGUACCAUGUGUAUGAAUAUCAAUUUUUGUUCAGUGUGAAUUUUGAAAAUGGAAUAAAUUUCUUAUUCAACUAUGGACCACCCUGUAUUAAAAAAAAUGAUUUGCUAAGUAUUGGGAUUUUCAUGUCCUACCUGUAACCAAGCCAUUUUAUCUGAUUGCAAACAAUGAAAAAUAAAUUUAAUGUUCUGAAAACUACUUCAAAUUGGUACAAAAAUUUCCAAUUCAGCUUCUAUUUUCGUUGUACAUAGUGUUUUUCUAUUUUUGCUUGUGGCCUUUUUUUCUAAUACAGCAUAUAUAUAUUUAAUUUUUUUUUUUUCAUUUUCGAAAUUCACACUAUCUUUUCCGGAUACAUAGUAACAUUAUCUCAAUGUAUAUACAUAAUAUUAUUGUUGCCAUAAAUGUUUUAUUAUGCAUGAAAUAAUGAAAAUUUUUCAGAAUAUUAUCUCCUAAAUUAUUCUUUCGAAAAUAUAAUGGAGGCGGAUAGCAUAAUAUCAACAUGAACAAAUCUGGUUUAGCUUGAUAUUUAUACAGGGCUGAUUUUUUGCAGUCAUUCUUACAUGAAAUGUUCAUAUCACGAUUUGUCGAAAAAGAAAAUGAUUGUGUCAACUGUUUGAAAAAAUUGAUAUUUUUUAAUCAAAUUAUAUCUGAAUUAGCCCCUUAUUGGAGAAAAAAUAGCCAAUAUCCUUUUGACUUGCCAAGCAGGUAUGUUUUUGGAGCUAUUCACAUUUGAAUCGCACAUGAACAAAAUAUUAAAUACUAUUUUUGCUAAGUUUGAUGCUUAUUUUCUAAUUCUGUAUAGAUGUUAAAUUUUCUACCGACCUCUCAAUAGUCUCGGGUUGAUAACUAAAUAUAUCGUCCAGGACUAAUUGUGUAGGUAGGUACCUACUUUUCUUGAAGAAAUAUUGGUUAUUUUCCCAUGAUAAUUUUGAGAGGAAUGCAAAUUGCCAUAUUUAUAAUCUUCUGUUUCUAGUCAGUUUGGCUAGAUGAUUAGCCAUGUGAGACAAAUAAUACAUGAUCAUUAUAUUAUUUUAUGAUAUUUCCAUACUGUUUUCAUUGUUUUGUGCUAAUGAAAAUCGACAUUGUGUAACUGAGUACUGAGUGGUGAUUCAUUUUGAUAUUUUGUCUGUGCUCAUAUUUUUUUAGUCUUAUGGAAGUAGAGAAAUUAAUAACUUGACACUUGACUGUUACCAAAGAUUAUAAUAAAUCUUGUUAAG